ACUACUAGCUACUACUAAUAAGUGUAAUAAGAAUGUAAUGCAUUAUAAUAAGUUGCUAUCUUAUAUGUACAAUCUAUAUUCUCAUACUGUCAUUACUCAUUAGCUUAAUUGUAUAUGACAUAUACAUUUUUGGUACAAUUAGGGGAUAUGAAAUAUGUUAAUGUUAAAAUUGUAAUAUGUUUUUCUUCUACUAUUUUCCAGAAAGCUGCUGAUGUUAAAGUUACAGACAAUGAAGCACCUAAGAAAGACAGAGGUAAAGCAAAAACAGUAGUAGAACCUGAGCUACAAGAAGAUGAGAAAAUUGAAAUUAUUGAAAAAAAGUCAAAACGUGGUAAGAAAUUGGAUAAUAAUGAUGAAGAGAAAGCCAAUGGUGUGAAUGAAGAGGCUGCACCACCUGCCAAGAAAGGAAGAGGGAAGAAAAAUGCUACACCAGUUGAAGAGAAACCUAUUAUUAAUGCUGUCAACUCUGCUGAAGAGGCUGGUACUCCUGGAGAAGAAAAUGAACAUAAUGAUGAAAAUGCAGACACUAAUGGACAUGCAGAAGAGGUCCCACCCAAAGCCACUAAGGGACGCAACAAGGCUGUUAAAAAAGAAGUUUCAGAAUCAAAACCCCAUACAGAAAAAAAAGAUAACACUCGUGCUAAAAAAGUGAUCAAAGAAGAAAGUACUGAAAGUCAACCAGCUAAGAAAGAAACAGAGGAAAAACCUAAAGGAAGGGGCAGAGGCCGCAAAGUACAACCUAAAGCAGAAUCUGAAGAAAAGUCUGAUAACGAAGAAGAGCCUAAACCUGAGCCAGCUGAAAAACCUGCAACUAAAGGAAGGAAAAAGGCUCCAACAAAAGCUGAGAAGGCAGCAUUGGAGGCAGAAAAGUUGGCCAAAGAAGCUGCAGACAAGGUGUCAGAAACUAAUGAAGAGAUUGCUGAGACUCAAUCUAUUGACAGUAAGACUGAUGAGAAGGGUGAAGGUGAUGCUAAAGUUGAUAAUGAACCCAAAAAGGGUAAAAAAGAUGGAAAGAAAGCCCAAGCCAAAGAAGAGCAAGUUGAUGAUGCUCCAGAAGAAAAGAGAAAUGGGAAAGAUGCAAAAGAUGAUGAAGAAAUGGAAGUAGAGCCAGAAGCUAAUCCUACAAAAGCUAAACGUGGCCAAAAAAAGGCAGUAGAGAAACCCAUUGAGCCUGAAGAUGUCCCCGAUACUUGGAAGCCAACUUCCAAGCGCAGGCGCAAACCUGUUGACUACAAGGGUAAUUAACUUUAUCAUACAUUGCAUCUGAUGUUUCCUAAUGAUGAUUAAGGUUAUUCAUUUAUUAUUUAUAAAUAAACAGUUUUCCAAAAUUA